GUCAACUGUCUGUUUUGCUAUUUGUCAAAAGUUAUGUGAAUUUUGAACGUUCGCAAUAAAAAUAUUUAAAGUUAAAUAUACGCGAUUAUAGAGAAAUCUGCUAUUAAAAAUGAAUUUAAAUAUUUCAAGUCUCGGUAAAUAUAUUUUUAAAUCUCAAACAGUCCCUGGAUUUGGGUUUCAGCAAGUAAGAAAUAAAUGGGCCAAUGCUUUAAUGAUAAGAGACGUGAAAAGAAGACGUAUGAGUGCUGAAAAUUUUCUAGAAAGAACUAGAAUCAACGCAUUAAGAAAGAAUGAUGUACUACCAACAGAAAUAAGAGAAUUUGCAAAUAAGGACAUAAACAAAUUUGAAAUGAACGCUAUUCCGCUUCGGAUUAAUAACAGAUGUGUUAUAACUUCCAGACCUCGUGGUAUUGUCAAGGAAUGGAGGCUGAGUCGUAUUGUGUGGAGGCAUCUUGCUGAUUACAACAAACUUUCUGGAGUUCAGAGAGCAAUGUGGGGAUAAUCAAAUAACCUAAUAUUUUACUCAACAUUACUUGUUUUAGGAAUAGUUUAUAAUAAAUUCUGUAUAACUGUG